UCCAACCUGGAGAGACACAAGGAUACCCGCACCGUGGAGAAACCGUGGAAAUGUGGAGACUGUGGGAAGGGUUUCAAUUACCCAUCUGAGUUGGAAACUCAUCGACGUAUUCACACUGGGGAGAAGCCAUUCACCUGCUCUGUGUGUGGGAAGGGAUUCACUCAGUCAUCCAGCCUCUACACACACCAGCAUGUUCAUACUGGUGACAGGCCAUUCACCUGCCUUGAAUGUGGGAAGGGAUUUAAUGCAUUAUCAACCCUCCGGACUCACCAACAGGUUCACUCUGAUCAGAGACCGUUGAAAUGUUCUGACUGUGAGAAGAGCUUUAAAAGCAGAAAGGAUCUGCUGAUACACCAACGCACUCACACUGGGGAGAGGCCUUUCACCUGCGCAGUGUGUGGGAAGAGAUUUACUCAGUCAUCCCACCUCCUGACACACCAACUUGUUCACACAGAUAAGAGACCUUUUAAAUGUUCUGACUGUGAGAAGAGCUUUAAAAGUAAAAAAGAUUUACUGAACCAUGAGCGCACUCACACUGGGGAGAGGCCAUUCACCUGCUCCGUGUGUGGGAAGGGAUUCACUUGUUCAUCCCACCUUCUAACACACCAAUUUGUUCACACUGAUCAGAGACCUUUUAAUUGUUCUGACUGUGAGAAAAAAUUUAAAAGCGUAAAGGAUCUUCUGAAACACCAACACACUCACACUGGGGAGAGGCCGUUCACCUGCUCUAUCUGUGGGAAGGGAUUCCCUCGGUUAGCCCACCUGCUGAGACACCAUCGAGUUCACACUGGGGAGAGGCCGUUCACCUGCCCUGAGUGUGGGCAGGAUUUCAUUGAUUCAUCCAACCUUCUGAUACACCAGCGAGUUCACUCUGGGGAGAGACCGUACACUUGCCCCUUAUGUGGGAACAGAUUCACUCAGUCAUCCCAUCUCACUACGCACCAGCUUGUUCACACUGAUCAGAGACCUUUUCAAUGUUCUGACUGUGAGAAGAGAUUUAAAAGCAAACAGAAUCUGCUGACACACCAGCGAGUUCAUACUGGGGAGAGGCCAUUCAUCUGCUCCGUGUGUGGGAAGGGAUUCGCUCAGUCAAACAACCUGCUGAGGCACCAGCAAGUUCAUAUGCGACAGCAGGGGAUGGAUUCUGCUGUUAUUGCUGCUGUUAAUCACAUCCAGGAUUGAAUCUUGUCUGGACGCUUGUUUCCAAUGGGGUUCCACAGUUUGUGGUUUAUAUUAAUGAUUUAGACUCAAAUGUAGGGGCCACGAUUAAGAAGUUUGCAGAUGGUAUAAAAGUUGCUCAUGUGGUUGACAAUGAGGAAGAAAUCUUUGGAUUGCUGGAAGAUAUCAAUUGAUUGGUCAGAUGGACAGAAAAGUGACUUGGAAUUCAAUCUGGAGCAAUGUGAGAUCAUGAAUUUGGGAGGGCAAACAAGAUAAUAAAUGGGCUAACACUGAGAAGUGUAGAGGAACAGAGGGAACUUGGGGUGCAUAUCCACAGGUCCCUGAAUGUGGCUGGACAGGUAGAUCAGGUGGUCAAGAAGGCAUUUUGGACACUUUCCUUUCUUUGCUGGGGCCUAGAAUAUAAGAACAGGAAGUUAACGUAGUAUAUUAUAAAACAUUAGUUAGAGCACAGCUAGAGUACUGAGUACAGCUCUGGUCAUUGCAUUAAUCAACUAUAAAGUAAGACUAGAUUAAUGAAUUAUCAUAAAACUGAAGUCAAUUGAUAAUAUAUUGUAUAAUUGCAGUCAGUGUUCCAUUAAUCAAAUCUAGGGGAUGAAGAUAAAGCUAACUAACAAGGAAUUCUAGAAAUUCUAGUUUCACUUAACUCCUUAUAAAAAUAAAGUGACUUCGGCACAAUGGAAGAAGCUGAUUGAUGAGAAGCUGAUGGAUAUUUAUUUAUUUUAAUCUUAACUUUAUUUUGUUUAAGUCAAUUAAUAAUCAAGGAGGUAAAGGCAUUGCAAGGCACCCAGUCCCUUGGAAUGCACAUCCAGUUCCAUGUGGGGAAAGCAGGACACUUCUCAUGUCCAGGACAGUCAUGAUUGCAGGAAUUGUCAUCAGUUGGAGCAGGAGGAGGCAAAGGGGAAUGGACGAGAGGGGUUUUUGUGACUGGAAGACUGUUUCCAGUGAUGUUCUGGAUGGCAUAGGACAGGAUUCCAUGCUUUUUGUGGUAUAUAUCAAUGAGUUAAACUUUAACAUUGUUUGGGGGGUGGAUGAUAUCCUGCCUUGUGAUUGACAGUGGAGAAGAAAGCUGUAGAUUGCAGGAAGUUAGCAAUAGUCUGAUCAGGUGGGCAGAAAAGUAGCAAAUGGAGAUCAAUCUGGAGAAGUGUGAGAUAAUAAAUACAUUUGGGGAUGGCAAACAUGGCAAAGGGAAAGAAUAUUACUGGUAUGAUAGUGAGAAGUGUAGAGGAACAGAGGGACAUUGGAGUGCAUUGGAGGGGAAGACUGUCCUGCAGUCAGCAUUGCAGUGAAGC